AUGGAUAUUCACAAUCAAAAAGCACAGCGUUUGCCUGUCUUUGUUCAACCGGGUGAAAUCAAUUUUAUAGUCGACAAACCAGAUACCCAAAAAUCUUUGCUGACAAUUUUCAAUCCUUACCCUUUCCCUAUUUACUUUCGAGUUCUUUGUAAUGCGCCUUCUAAUUAUGCUCUCGGCCUUACUAAAGGAACGAUUCGUGCCGGGUGUUAUAUUGAUAUUACAAUAAGGCAUAGAAAUCCAACAGUUAUUGGAAGUGAUUGUUUAAGAAUAGAAAUUUGUUCUUUAAAUGAUUCUGCGCUUUCCGGUAUUAAAUCAAUUCAAUUAAAUACAUUAAAAACUUCGAUUCCAACAAAAAAUGUUUCUUCAACUUCAAUGUUGGAAUUUGAUGAAAAUGAACUUCCAACAACGAGUAGACAAGCAACAAUAAAUUCGAAUAGAUCAAUACAUAAAUUCUCUACAAAUAUUAACAGAGGAAGAAGGAAUGAUGGAGGGGGAAUUGCAGAAAAUAAUACUCAAAGCUUUUACUGGCUGGCAGUAAUUUCAUUUCUUUUUUGUGUUUCUGUUCUUUUAACUCCAAGAUGGAUAGAUCCAGAACAGCAACAACAACAGCAAUAUACCUUUAUUCCGAAUUGGCUACGGCCAUCAGUAACUGGUCAAUGUGUUGCUAGUUAUGUUUUGGGGAUCCUCACAGUUUACUUUUUUCUACAGCCAGUUGCAAUUUGA